CAAGAGAUCAUGGAUCUGUCUGAAUAGCAGCCACUGCUGUGUCUCCGCAUAGUAGGUGCUGUAUGUGUGGGCAUUUUAUGGCAUUUGGAUCGUGAGUACUGUAUAAUCCCAGCCCAAGGCAUCACAGGGAAAGCAAUGCAAUAAGUGGAUUCAAGCCCCGCCAGACAAUGUCUGCAUUGUAUAGCUGUCUGAAAGGUAAAAAUGACACAAUUAUGGCUGCAAAACCGGCUGAGGGCACACAGAACGUUGAGAAUGAAGAGUACCCUGGAGAUUGCGCAGGAAAAAAGAAAUCUAAAUUCCAGGCAUUCAAAAAAUUCUUUGUCAAAAAGAAGAGGAAGGAAUCUCCAGCUCCAAGCAGAGAAAGCAACCUAAAGCCCAGCCAGUCAAGCAGUGAUGUCAGUGUGUCUGGAGCCAAUGCUUUUCAACCUGUUCAUGAAUCUGUGGCCAAAAGCAAUAUGGGAAGUAAGGCAGUUUCCCAUGACAGUGUAUUCAUUUUUGAGAUGGAGAGCUCUACAAAGGAGGAUACAUCACAGGAAAACACCCCUGGCAAAGUUAAAGCUUUACAGCUGCAGCUUCAGCAAAACAUCCGCAUAGGUUCUCCACCACAGGGUAUCGUUAACAAGAAACUUGAGGAUUCCGGAGCACUUUCAGAAGAUGAUGGGUUACCAAGGAGCCCUCCAGAGAUAACGUCUUUACAUGAGAUUCUGGCACUUUCAUCAGGCAAAACUUCAGGCAUUGCACAGAGACGCAGCUCUUUAAGUUUAGGAGGAACCGACAGUGAAGACGAACCGUCUUGUGAAACGUCUUCUUGCCCCAUCAGUCCACUGAAUUCCAGUGUCCGUUUGACGUCCAACUCUCCAGGCAGCCACUAUCUAGUAGAUUUCACAGCUCCAUUAGGUUCUGUGGCCUGUCUGGAUAAUUCUGCAGCAAAGCACAAGAUUGCUGUCAAGCCAAAGAAGAGGAGAGGACCAGCCAUGAUUGUAAAUAGAAUAAAGGAUGGUGCUGGCAUUACCAAGGAUUUGAACCAAAAAGAAAAGUCUGAAAACAAAGUUGUGCAUGAGCAUGAAGUCCGUAUUCCUCACUCAGGCGAAAGCUCUGCAGAGCAAGAAGCACCAAAUGAACAAGCCAAAUGCAUGGAAGAUGUGGUACAAGCGACUGAGAUUGACACAACCAUGUCUCUGGUUUCACAAGAGGAUUUAUCAGUUGAAAAGACCCAGACUUAUGAGACCUCUUUUACUGGAAAACAGAUAAUGGCACUUCCGGCUGAAACUGAUGAAAGUGAUGUGGAUUCCCAUGUAGGUUGUUUAAUUAUGGAAGAUCAGGUAAACUGCAAUGAGGAGGACACUGAACUAGGAAGAGAACAUACAGAAAUGCCACACAUAAGCCAGUCUGCUCCUGUGCAUGAGCUGAAUGAGAUUAACACAGUAGAAACACGUCCCUUAGAAGUUAUUGACGAUGAAAAAUAUAAUAUAUUUGAAGAUCCUCUAAGAAUCCAAGAGGACACAUCAGUGAUUGAAACAGGUGAAUCUGUAUUCAAUGACAAAGAUCAAGAACAUAAAGAGUAUGAAAAAGUGUUACCUAAUUUAACAAACCUACAGAAAGACUUGCCAGAAGUAACUGCAAGUACUUCAGAUACAAAUGUGAAAUCAACGCCACGUGAUCCCAGAGUGGAAACUGAAUUGGACACUUCUAUCAUAAAGUUUGAUGAACUUGUUAGUAAUGUAGCUUCAGAAUGUGUGCUAAUAGGAGAAAGCACUGAUGAUGAAAAUAUUUUUACUGCAGAAACAUUACAAGACUCAAGUAAAAAUGCUACGACUGAUCAACUUAGAAUAAUUGAUACACCGGCAACGGAAAAAGGAGAGACUUUUGAUCUCAGGAUAAUUGAAAGCCCUAAGAAUAUAUAUUUCGAUGAUGGCAGUACUACAUGUGCAAUAGAUUCCAUAAACUUGGCUAGUGGAGCAAAUGGCAAUGAUAGUCAGUGUAGGAAAGAAUCUGCAACAGAAAUAAGCAAAACAAUCAAACCAACAGAUGUUGACAGCAAGCUUAGAACAGCCAACAAGCCAGUUAGGUUUACUGUGGCUCCUGCAUGGCAAAGAUCACUCUCAGUUGGGUCUGGUGUCAAAGAUACAACCUACUCCAAGAAUAAGAUAUCUAGUGCUAUGAAGUCUGAAUCAUUUGAUGGGUCUGAGGAUCCUGUGAUGGACAUAAAUCAGGAGGACUCUAGGAAAGGUGAAAAGAACAAUGAAAUGGUUACAACAAACAAAGAAGAUUCAGGUGUUGCUUUUGGUGUCCGGUUACGAAGGGCCUCAUCUUCUUCUAGGAAAUACAGUGAGGAAUACCCUGAAGAGCAAUCCAAGCUAUAUCCAUCCCCUGUUGAAUCUGGGUCAAUGGUUCCCACUCGAAAUGUUCAAACGCCUACAAAAACACCACCGCUUCAGUUAGAAUUCACAAAAGUUUCGAAACCAUCACAUGCAGGUGAAGACAAAUCUCAAAAGAAAAAAAAGGCAGAAGAUCUUUCUCCACAAGAAAACUCAGAACCGUCAUGGAUCACAAUGGCAAAGCUGAGGCAGAAAGGAUUUCAGGUGCAUCCUCUUGCUAGAGAGCACAAUGCUACAGCAGAAAGUGAUAAAAACAAGGGCAGUGAUGAUUCUUCCCAGAAAAAGAGUGCAGCUGCUAUUUCACAACCUCUAGAAGUCAAAGAAACUGAGCCAAUCUCUACUGAGAGUCCAGUUGUUGAGGAAAGACUACCAGAAUCUGGGAAAAAUGCACAAUCUGCACCAUCGCAAAAUCCGGAUGAGCCACCAUGGUUCUCCCUAGCAAAGAAGAAGGCAAAAGCAUGGAGUAAGAUGCCUCAGAUCGUGCAGUAGUAUCGCGUGCGUCUCCCGUCAGGAAUGAUUUUGUAUGUUCGUUUUUGAUUCCGGUUUUAACUGUGAACAUAUUUCAGCCAAUGAUUACGAGUUAAAUGUGUUUUUUGUUUGUUGUUUUUUUUCCACUUCUGUAAAUUGCUUUUGUAAUAAGGACCACAGUGUUCCUUAUUUUAUAAAACCGUGCGUAUUGUAUAUCUGUGCUUUAUGACUUCCAAAAAAACUUUGUAUCUCAUUCUUG